CGCACACAGAGACACACACACACUUCUGCUCUUAUUCUCCAGUAAAGAUGCUGCACAAAGUCCGAGAUCAGGUCAAGAAACAUCCUGGACUCAUCCCGCAGUUUUUCUUCAUCUGUCUGGGAAUGGGUGGAGCGUUCCUGUAUCUGUUUCGUCUGGCCAGAGGACCUCAUGUCACCUGGAACAAAAGCAGUAACCCUGAACCCUGGAAUCAGCUCAGUCCCGGAUACCAGUACAAGUUUGUGGCCAUUAACACAGACUACAAGAACCUGAAGAAGGAAGGACCAGACUUCUGAACGCGUCACGGCUCAACUUUCAUCAGAUGCCCUUUACCUCAGCAGUACAAAUACAGACAAUAAUACAAAUAAACGAGGAAAAUAAAACAAAUGUGGGACGAUAUUUGAAAUGAAGACCUGUUUUUAAACUAGUUUUAUAUCUUCACUACACACACUAGGAGACGUGCCUAUUAACAUGAAAUGAAGAGCUGAUGGGUGUUACUUUUGUUUAUGUGCUUUAGACAGAAACCCCUAAAAUUGCAGAGAUAACAUGACCUCCCCCUAGCGAGCAUGAGAAAGGGCGAAGGGAAGACGAGCAGAUGUUUGAUUUCUGUAAACAGAACCUGAACAGCAAAGACUCAUGGGAAGGAGCUGAACUUCCUCUUAAGUCUGGGAUUAUUUGGGAAAGCAGUUCAGUUCAGAGUGACACACAUGUUUAUCUGUGUCUCUCUCACUAUCUUUCUAUCUGCACGUAUUACUGACUUAUCGUCACCAUCAUACAACACACGUUCUCCUCGCUGACUUGGCAAACCGUACAAACAAACACAGGAAAUAGGCAGCCAUUAGACUCGCAGUGUUUACUCUCCAGACCCCCAGAGAUGGUAAAGGAACACGUAUAAAGAUGCUUUACUCAUAACUUUACUCAUAUACAAGAUUUUUACAUUUUAACAGAAGUUUAGCUAAACAUGCCACUAUUUGGUCCUUUUUCAGUUCACGAGUUCAUGGUAAUUUGUUCAUCCAUGUAUUUCCAUUUUUAAAAAACGACCACAAAUAAUUUCAUUUGAAACGUUUAAAUUACUAAACAAUUAGGACACUUUUUUGGGGGAAACGAUCCAUAAAAUAUAGGAUAAUCAUAAAAACAUAAGACAAUGCGGGUUUAAACUAAAAGUUUUAGUGACAUUUGUUUACCAGUUCACAAUGGCCUUUUUACCAUAUGCAUUUAAUCUACUGUCUAAUCUAAAGCGACGCUAUAAUGGGUUCACACACUGUGAGAGGAAAUGUUACGUUGCUGGUUUGCGUAGAGUUUAGUGUUUGUAUUCCCUGUACAUUUUUGAUGCAGUUUGAGAAAUAUAUAAUCUGUGUUUUGUGCAAAAUGAAUAAAGAGCACUGCUGCAAAAAA